AUGGCUCUCGCGUUCUUUAGGAUCCUUGCUGUGUCUCCUCUCUUGUGCAGCGCGUUCCCGGCUACAACACCCCGUCUAGGCGUUAGUAUCCCCUUGUCGAAACGUGCAUCGCAGCUUUCCGUUAUAGAAGUCGUCGACCGCGAUUUCCUCAAUGCACAGGUCAACAAGGUUCAUAAUCAUAAUAAAAUGGCGCGAGGUUUCGCAGCAUAUGAGAAGAACACAGAGGAAAAGUGCACCCCAGUAGCACCAAGCGCAUUACUCGACGGAGCAUUGGAGCCGAUGCACUGCAAGAUAAUUCUCAACUUCGUUGGUACGGGUCCAUUCAAGUUGGAACCCCUGCUGUGGAAUUCAUUGUGGACUUUGAUACCGGCAGCAGUGAUAUUUCCUGACUGCGAUUCAAGCUGUGAUAUGCAUAUGAUCUACAAUACACCCAGCAGCUCUACAGCCAAGGAUCAGAACCAGAAGUUCAACUUGACUUGUGGUGACGGUUCAGCUAUUGAAGCGAACGUCUUUGCAGACACAUUCACUAUCGAAGGGCGUAACUCACGUUUGCAUACUUGGCAGGGAACCCAUCAAGCUAUUGGAGCAGCAGCGAUAUACUCCUCCCAGUUUCUCGGAACGGCCUUCAAAGAAUUAUCCAUCUUCGGUGACGACCCCAUGUUCCAAACUCUUGUAAACCAAGACGUAGUGACUACGCCAGAAUUUGCGUGUGACCUCAGUGCCUCUGGCGGUGGGGAGUUGUUCUUGGGUGGCGUCAACACGGACAAGUUCACUGGGUCUUUCACCACGAGUCAAGGAUUUUGGCAGAUCAGCAUGGAUUCCGCAAAUGUCAACGGAAAAGCCGUGGUCGGGAACUUGUCUGUUAUCAUUGAUACCGGAACUAGAUUGAUCGUCGGAGACGCAAAGAGUGUCUCUGAAUUUAUGAAUCAAUCAGUGGUUCUAAAAAUGCUUCGCAGAUCACUUCACCGCAUUCCCAAUAUUCGUUUAACUUCCCGGUGGAAAGGCAUUCGAUUAGUGCGGAUACUUUCAAUGGAGGUCAAGUUGAGCAAGGACCAUCUGAUUGCAUUGGCGGCAUUACCGGUCAAGAUAUCGCAGACCCGAAUGGACCGUGGGGGAUGUCUUCCUCCAGAACGUAUACGAUGUUAUAGGCUUUAUGGCGAGAUCUUCUUCGUCAUGUUGUUUAAAGCCAUUAUUCGGUUCGGCAACGACACGCUAUACUACUUGUUCGACUUUGAUGCAGACCCGCUUAUCAAGUUCACGGAGAGGUAUGCCACACUUCAGGCAUUUAUGGAACGGGCAACACUUUGGAUUGGAGGGGACCAGCAAAUUUUUUCGGUGACCCCAUUUGCAGAGGCGGAGAUAAUGGGAGGGCCAGUUCCAGUCAGCAAGUUGGAACUUGACUGGGAUAUUGAAGAAGAAGCAUUGACCUUUGGUUGUACCUAG